AUGGAAGGCGCUGCCUAUUCAACGCCGCACAUGAUACCGGAGGAGAACUCUUCCUUGCAAAACGUGACUAUGGAGAAGUUGGAAAAUGGGCAUCUUCAGCAAAACAUGCUUGCAAAGGAAUAUCUACUGUUCGAACAACUAACAGGACGCUUGAAGGAAUUCGAACAUACGCCGAUUCCGACAAUUUCUGCUGUCUACAACCUAGAUAAAGCCAUGGCGAAGCUUUCUAGAUGA